AAACAAAGUUGUUUCGGCAAUAAAAACCGCCAGCUCAUAUAAAGUCAUGUUCAUCCUUAACACGGUUAGUAACGUUCGAUAUGCUGUUAUUGUAAAUAUGUAAAAAUUCUCUUCAUUUUCAUUGAAAACUCAGAGGGAAAGUAUUAACUUGUCUACUCUCAGGUCUUUUCAACUAGAACGUCAAUGUAUUGACAAUAAUGAAAAGUUUCACAACAAUGCUUACCAUCCAUAUAUUUCAAUUGAGGGUACAACAUCUUCUAAUACAUCUAAAAUGUGAUUUUUAGUAUCAAAUUGAUGAUACACUUGAAUAAGGAAUGGACAAGGGCCAACGGCAGGAUCGCUUUCACUUGAAACCGGCGAUUGAGACCGACUUGAAGUAAAACUCAUUAAAUUGGUGUAAAUGGACUUUCUAAAAGAAGAAAUUGAAAAGAAACGUCGACAGUUAGAAGGUAAAAAUGAUAUUCCUGCCAAAAAAGCGUUUCGAAGAGGAGAUUGGGAGAAGGAGAGAGAAAGGAGAUAUUUGGAAGAUCAGCGAGAAAUGGAAUUAAAAAAGCAAGAGAAGAAACGAAAAUUAGAUGAAGAAAAAGAAGCCUACGAAAAAGAAAGACGCCAGCCUGUCUCAAAAAUAGCAAAAGUAGAUGAACCGUCGAGUUCUUCUUCUCAUGUUGCGGCAAGUACACCAACGAGUCCAGGUGUAAGUGAUUUUCAAAGUGCUACAAAAUCCUCAUUUCCUUCUACCAAAAGUGAGCAUCCAGAACUUUCACUUCCAGAUGUCAUUAGCAAGCUUCGGGAAAUGAAGGAACCCAUCAAGUUAUUCGGCGAAUCCGAAGAAGCGCGAUUGAAACGGUUCUUCAGAAUUGAAAAAGAAAAAGAGAUUGAGCGAUUGGAAAAAGAGCUUUUGAUUAAAGGUGUUGAACUCAUUGAUUAUCAGCGCGCUAGUCAUGAAAGGCAACGGGUUUCCAAACAAGUCGUUACAUUCCUACGACAUGGUAUAUAUGUUUGGGAUAAAAUACUAACAUCGAAAAGCGCUUCUGAGCUUAAUAGUCCCGAAGGACAGGGUCAAUUGAAAAUUUUUCGACAAGCUAAACAAGACCUAGAGACCCUUAUACGAUUACUCAUCGAGGACUCGCUAAAUGACAAUAUAUUAUCCAAGGUUGCUGAGAUAUGUUACCUAUGCCAAAGAAAAGAGUUUGUGAAAGCAAACGACGUCUAUUUGCAACUUACUAUUGGAAAUGCACCAUGGCCUAUUGGUGUCACCAUGGUAGGAAUUCACGAGCGUAGUGCUCAUCAAAGAUUACAAAGGGAUCCAAAUACUAGCAUUCUGAAGGACGAAAAGAAAAGAAGGUGUUUACAAGCCUUGAAGCGGUUUAUAACUUUUUCAGAAAGAGAGAACCCUAAUUGGUUUUCAGAAAAAGAUUCUAACUAAAGUAUGGUCAUAAAUGGGUACAUUUCCGAGUGAUAUACUUUAUAGAGGUUUAUUUUUGAUGUUUAAAGGGCGUCGUAAAUGUUUUCAAGUGUUAUAUCUGUUUUAAUAUUGCAUGAACAUGUCC